AUGCCGCAGCCAAACCCUGACGAGCUCGAGGCCGCCUUCCAGCGACUCGUCGCCGCCCAUCCGCUCCCGCUUAGCUCCUCCACCCACAGCGGCGAGACCAUCUAUGACGUCCUCAAGACGCUGCCCGAGGCCAGCGCCUACCACCAGCUGCUGGAGCGGUACCCGCGGCUGGUCGCGCUGCUGGCCGACGUCUCCGACGGCGAGGUAACGCUGUUCCUGCCCGUAAACGCCGCAUGGGAGGGCGCCGCCACCGCCGCCGCCGGCCUGUCCGGUGUGGACGCGGAAGCGGACGCGGACGCGGGCGCGGGCGCCGAGGAGGCGCUGCUCGCCAUGCACGUCAGCCCGCACUUCCUCGACCAGGCGUACCUGCGCAGCAUGACCAACGUGCCCACCAUCCACGCCCCAGGCACCAUCAACAGGCCGCAGGUGUUCCCGCUGCGUCUCGGCGAGGCCGGGUGGACACUCGCCGGUGGGGGCCGGUUCCUCGCGGGGGAGGGCAUCCGCGCGCGCAACGGGCUCAUCUACCGCAUCGACCGGGUCAUCACCCCGCCGGGAGCGCUCCUCGAAGUUUUGCGCUUGCGCGGCACCCACACCACGCUGCUGCACGCUGUCGAGGUCGCCGGGUUUGCGGCGGAGCUCGCCUCGCGCCCCGGCGGCACGCUCUUCGCGCCGUCCGACCGGGCGCUCGCGUCACUCGGCCCAGAGGCGCUGCGCUUCCUCACGGAGUCUGCGGAGGGGAGGAAGUAUCUAAAUGCGCUGCUGCGGGGGCAUUUUUGCCCGGUGCACACGCACUACACGAAUCUGGUGUGGCCGCAGAACGACGGCGCGGAGCGGAGAACGUCGGCGGAAGAGGACAGGGUGUACAAGGGGAGCAUGCGGAGGGAGCUGCCGUCGGCUCUGUGUGUGGGAGAGCAGGCGGUGAGUCUAGAGGUUUCUAUUACGAGAUACAUGUGUCUCAUCGCGGUGGCGGUCAACGGGACGCCGGUCGUCGAGCAGGAUAUCGGUGGUGAGGACGGGGUGGCGCAGGGGAUCGAUGAGGUGCUGCUUCCGGGGGGUGUUGUUGGAAAGGGCUCUGAGGAUUUGAUUUCCCACCCCGUGAAGGCCAGUCCGAAGAACUGCACCGCCGCCGAGACGGCCACACCGACCGCGAACGCCGCCGACAGCGCGUAG